UAACUGGAAAGUGGUUAAUCCUUCUGGGAAUGCUGGCUAACCAGCCAGGAAUUAACCUUGGCAGUAAUUAGACCAUCAAUGACCCUUUCAGAGAAUGUUCAAAGACCUCAGCUUUGUUUACAGAACUUGUGUGGGUGGAACCAGCUGUUUGCACAAAGACCAGCAUCAAGUCCAGCUGCUCCACCUCACGUUCAGGACCACAUCUCAGGCCAGGAGCACAGCGCAAGGCAGUCAGGUCUCCAGUUCUCUCUGCAGCAUGGGGAAGCGAAGGCUCCACCACCCAAGCCUGACCCUGCUGCCUCUGCUGCUGCUGCUGCUGCCGCCCCCGCUGCUACCGCUGCUGCUGCCCACAGAUGCCGCUACACAACAGAAGCCAACCUACAUGGUAAUGAUUCCCUCCCUGCUCCACGCAGGCACCCUUGAGAAGGGCUGCCUCCUCUUCAUCCACCUGAACGAGACGGUGACUGUGAGAGUUUCCAUGGAGUCUGUCCAGGGAAACCAAAGCCUCUUCACCGACCUUAAGGUUGAGAAGGACUUAUUCCACUGUGCCGCCUUCACCGUCCCACAGUCUUCAUCCAAUGAGGUGAUGUUUCUCACUGUCCAAGUGAAAGGAGCCACUCACGAGUUCAGGAGACGCAGCACUGUGCUGGUUAAGAACAAAGAGAGUCUGGUCUUUGUUCAGACUGACAAGCCCAUCUACAAGCCAGGACAGACAGUGAAAUUUCGUGUUGUCUCAUUGGAUGAUCAGUUUCACCCCCUUAAUGAGUUGAUCCCUCUACUGUAUGUUCAGGACCCCAAAGGAAAUCGCAUUGCACAAUGGCAGAGCUUCCAGUUGGAGAGUGGCCUCAAACAGAUGUCCUUCCCGCUCUCCUCAGAGCCCCCUGAGGGCUCCUACAAGGUGGUGAUAAGAACAGAAUCAGGCAGAACCAUAGAGCACCCCUUCUCUGUGGAGGAAUUCGUGCUUCCCAAGUUUGAGGUGAAAGUGACAGUGCCAGAGAUAAUCACCAUCCUGGAGGAAGAGAUCAAUGUGUCCACGUGUGGCAUAUACACCUACGGGAAGCCUGUUCCAGGGCAUGUGACUGUGGACAUUUGCAGGAAGUACAGUGAUCCUUCUAACUGCUUUGGUGAAGACUCAUUGGCUUUCUGUGAGAAACUCAGCCAACAGCUAGACAGCCACGGCUGCUUCUCGCAGCUAGUGAAAACCAAAGCUUUCCAGCUAAAGAGGCACGAGCAUGAGAUGCAGCUUCUAGUGAGCGCCAAGAUCCAGGAGCAAGGAACAGGUGUGGAAGGAACCGGAAAAGGGUUUAUUAUAAUCACAAGGACCAUAACCCACCUGAAAUUUGUGGAUGUGGACUCACAUUUCAGACAAGGAAUUCCAUUCACCGGGCAGGUGCUCUUGAUGGAUGGGAGAGAUGCCCCCAUUCCUUAUGAAACGGUCUUCAUCACAGCAAAUGAAGCAAACCAUUACUCAAAUGUUACCACUGAUAAGGAUGGCCUGGCACGAUUCUCUAUCAACACUGACGACAUCGUGGGCACCUCCCUCACUGUCAAGGCCAAAUACAAGGAUAACAGCAUCUGCUAUGGCUACAGAUGGUUGACAGCAGAGAAUGUAGAGGCUCGACACACUGCCAAAGCCGUUUUCUCACCAAGCAAGAGCUUCGUGCACCUUGUAUCCACACCUGGGAAACUGCCCUGUGACCAAACACUGCAGGUCCAGGCACUUUAUAUUCUAAAUGGAGUGGCCCUGCAGGACCUAAAGGAGCUGGUCUUCUAUUAUCUGCUAAUGGCAAAGGGAGGCAUCGUUCGAGCGGGGACCUACGCUCUGCCUGUGCAGCAGGGAGACAUGAACGGCAAUUUCUCCAUACUAAUCCCAGUGCAGACAGACAUGGCUCCUGUGUCUCGAGUGCUCCUUUAUACUGUUCUGCCUGAUGGAGAAGUGAUUGGAGAUACUGUCAAAUAUGAGAUUGAAAACUGUCUGGACAACAAGGUGAAUUUGAUCUUCCGCCCAGGCAGCAGUCUUCCUGCCACUUAUGCCCUCCUUAGUGUCACAGCUUCUCCUCAGUCCCUCUGUGCUCUACGAGCCGUGGACCAGAGCCUGCUGCUUCUGAGGCCUGAGGCUGAGCUCUCUGCAUCCUUGGUUUAUGAUAUGCUACCAGUGAGAGACCUCACGGGCUUCCCCAGGGGUACAGAUCAGCAGGAAGAAAAUGCCAAAGGCUGCAUCAGGCAAAACGACAUCUACGUUAAUGGAGUCCUGUACUCCCCAGUUCAUAACACAAAUGAAGAGGACAUGUAUGGUUUCCUGAAGGAAAUGGGCUUAAAAGUGUUCACCAACUCAAAGAUCCAUAAACCCAAAAUCUGUGAACGGCACAGAGGCGAAGACGAUAGAGAAGAGCCCCGUGUGGCCUACCUCGUAGGCCAAAGCCUCAUGGAUCACUUUGUUGGGGCUGCAGAAGCUCCCACGGAGACUAUACGGUCCUACUUCCCUGAGACGUGGAUCUGGGACUUGGUGGUUGUGAACUCAACAGGAGUGGCUGAGAUGGAAGUGAAGGUUCCUGACACCAUCACUGAGUGGAAGGCUGGGGCCUUCUGCUUGUCCAACGACACUGGACUUGGCCUCUCCCCUGUGGUAUCUCUCCAAGCCUUCCAGCCCUUCUUCGUGGAGCUCACGAUGCCCUACUCUGUGAUCCGUGGAGAAGCCUUCAUGCUCAAGGCCACUGUGCUGAACUUCCUCCAAACAUGCAUCCGGGUGGCUGUGCAGCUGGAGGCCUCCCCUGAUUUUGUAGCUGCCCCAGUGGAGAAGGAACAAACAUCUUACUGCAUCUGUAUGAAUGGGCGGCAUACUGUGUCCUGGGUAGUAAUCCCCAAGUCAUUAGGAAAUGUGAAUUUCACUGUGAGUGCAGAGGCACUCAACUCUCAGGAGGUAUGUAGGAACAAGAUACCAGAGGUCCCUGGACUUGGAAAGAAAGACACGGUCAUCAAGUCCCUGUUGGUUGAACCCGAAGGUCUAGAGAGCGAAGUGACAUUCAACAGUCUGCUUUGUCCAUCGGGGGCAGAGGUAUCUGAACAGAUAACCCUGAGGCUGCCGCUGGAAGUGGUACAGGACUCAGCCCGAGCCUCUGUUACAGUGCUGGGAGAUAUAUUGGGUUCUGCCAUGCAAAAUACGCAGGAUCUCCUCAAGAUGCCUUAUGGCUGUGGAGAACAGAAUAUGGUUCUGUUUGCACCUAAUAUCUAUGUCCUGGAUUAUCUGAAUGAAACACAGCAACUGACCGAGGAGAUCAAGACCAAGGCCAUUGACUAUCUCAGUACGGGCUACCAAAGACAAUUAAACUACAAGCACCAGGAUGGCUCCUACAGUACCUUUGGAGAUAAGGAUAGCAGGAGUGAUGGCAAUACCUGGCUCACAGCCUUUGUACUGAAGAGUUUUGCUCAGGCUCGGAGAUACAUCUUCAUCCAUGAAGAACACAUCACCCAAGCCCUCCUCUGGCUCUCCCAGCAGCAGAAGGACAAUGGCUGUUUCAGGAGCUCCGGGUCCCUGUUCAACAAUGCAAUGAAGGGAGGAGUAGAAGAUGAAGUCACCUUGUCUGCCUAUAUCACCAUCGCUCUCCUGGAGAUGUCUCUCCCUGUCACUCAUCCUGUUGUGCGCAAUGCCCUCUUUUGCCUGGACACAGCCUGGAAGUCAGCAAGGGAGGGAGCCCAUGGCAGCCAUGUCUACACUAAGGCACUGUUGGCCUAUGCAUUUGCCCUUGCUGGUAACCAGGACACAAAGAGGGAGAUACUGAAAUCACUUGAUAAGGAAGCUGUAAAAGAAGACAGUUCCAUCCACUGGACCAGAUCUAAGAAACCCAAACCUGCAGUGCCUGUGGGUCUUUGGUACCAACCCCAGGCCCCCUCAGCUGAGGUAGAGAUGACUGCUUAUGUGCUCCUUGCUUACCUCACCAACCAGCCAGCCCCGAUCCAAGAAGACCUGACCACCGCCGUGCUCAUCGUGAAGUGGCUCGCAAAGCAGCAGAAUUCCCACGGUGGCUUCUCCUCCACUCAGGACACAGUAGUGGCUCUCCAUGCCUUGUCCAAAUAUCGAGCAGCUACUUUCACAAGAGCUAAGAAAGCUGUAAAGGUGACCAUCCACUCUUCAGAUGUAGUUUUAAAAAAAUUCCAAGUGGACAGGGGCAACCAGUUAUUACUACAGAGGGUCACAUUGCCAACCGUGCCUGAGGAUUACACCGCAACGGUGACAGGAGAAGGAUGUGUCUACCUCCAGACAUCCCUGAAAUACAACGUUCGCCCAGAAAAGGAGGAGUUCCCCUUUGCGUUAGCACUGCAGACUCUGCCCCAGACUUGUGAGGGUCCCAACGCUCACACCAGCUUCCAGAUCUCACUUAAUAUCAGUUACACUGGAAGCCGUUCUGACUCCAACAUGGCAAUUGCUGAUGUGAAGAUGCUGUCUGGCUUUAUUCCCUUGAAACCAACAGUGAAGAUGCUUGAAAGGUCCGUGCAUGUGAGCAGGACAGAAGUCAGCAAUAACCAUGUCUUGAUUUACCUGGAUAAGGUGUCAAAACAGAUACUGACCUUGUCCUUCACUGUUCAGCAAGAUAUUCCAAUAAGAGACCUGAAGCCAGCCAUAGUGAAAGUCUAUGAUUACUAUGAGAAAGAUGAGUUUGCAGUGGCUGAGUACAGUGCUCCCUGCAGCACAAAUUAUGGAAAUGCCUGAGGACACCGUGAAUAAAAAGUGUUUUACUACAGCCCUUUUCCUACAACUUCAUAAAAGAAACCGUGUUUUUUGUAUUUCCAGAGAUUUGAUAAAUAAAUGUUUUUUUCAAAUUUAUCAGUCAC